AUGACUUCAAUUGGUCUUCCUUCCAAUGCAAAUUAAACUUACCUAUAUAUCCAGUAUGUUGGAUAUGAUGGUAAAAAUGACUGGAUUUCGGUUGUGACAAAAAAAAUUUAGAAAUAGGUUUUGUCUAUAAAGUUUUAAUAAUCAGGGACUACUUCAUAAAAAGCUGUGAUCAUUGCUGAAUAUGAUAGAGUUAGUACUUAUGGAAUAAUGAAUAUAAUAAUGAUUAAUACAACAAAUGGUGAAGUAAUGUCUGCAUUUAAAGAUACCACUAGAAGCACACCUUGUUGGACAAUGGACUUUAAAAACGGAGUAAUAUUCGACUCAUUAGGAAUGAUCUACUUAGGACUCGUAGUUACAUAAAAUCCACUUAUGGUCAAGUUUGAUAUGAAUAAUCUUACUUAGAUGUCAUUGAAAUGGAAGCAAUCUCUUAUAUUAUCAAAUAUCGUUCCGACAACUGGCUAAAUCGCUGGUAUUAUAUUUAAUUCAAAUGAUUACGUAUUUGGAGCUCAACAGAUUUAUGUAAAUACAAAUCCAAUGACACUCUAGUUUGAAGAUACAUUCUUAAUGAGAGAUGGAGUAUUUUUGAAAGACAAUACAGUUGCUUAUGGUGGUUAAAUUGAAAAGAUUGUAAUGUUUAUGAGAACUGGAACAUAACAAUCUUUCUUGUUAACUUCAGAUGUUGCUCAAUCUUGUAGUCCGUUUAACCUCAUCCCUUAUAAAAGUUAAUAUACUAGCGGAGCUACUAUAUCAACAAAUUUUACAUUCGAAACUAUUCCUACCUCAUAUUUAAACAAUGCCUCGAUAAUCAUCACCAAAGUAUCUGAUAUUAACUCUACCUUGUUAGAUAUUAAAAAGUACUUAACAAAUUACACAGGUUUAUGCGAAUACAUACCAAAGUUAUGGACCUCUAACAAUAAAACAUACAUAGUUGAAGUAUUUCCAAUUUAGUUGCAAAGCUUCAAUAAAAAUAUCUCCUCUUCUUAUUUCUCUGGGGAUGAAUCUUGCUAGGAUUAAUCUAGAAAAUUCACAGUCAGUCCUCUAGUUUAAAAUGAUUUGCAAUUUUAAUUUGAUGGAAAAGAUCAAAUUAGUUUGGAUUAAUAACAAUAUGCAGCAAGAAACUCCAAUUUUACAGUUACCUGCACUUAUCCUUCCGGGUAAACAAACUCAUUCAAUCUUUAAAUCUAGCCUACCAACUGUUCUGUCUAAUUGGACCCUGUCAUUUACUAAAAUCAAACAUAUAAUAUUGGUGCUCCAUCAUUGAUAAUCGACUUAAAAACCUACACAGUCAAUCAAGGGUGUCCUAUACCAAGUCAAAUAAAUAUAAUCACAACUUUAAAUCCUAACUAUACUUCAACCAUUACUAAAUCAGUAGAUAACUUGCUAACAAUAUUUUAGACAGAUAAAUAAGCGAUAGUUGUCAAAUAUCAAACUGACACUUUGCCUCAAAUUUUUGGCUUUAAUCCUUUAACCAAAAUAUUAUCUGUUGAUUCAACCAAUAACGGAAGCUCUCCUCUAAAUUUUACAUUGCAUUUAGCAAAAAACUAUAGCAACUACAACUACAACGAAAACAACUACGACUACUACAACGACAACUACGAUGACUACGACUACUACUACGACUUAAACUCCGACUACGACUUAAACUCCGACUACGACUGCUACUACGACUUAAACUCCGACUACGACAACUACUACGACAACUACUACGACUACUACUACGACUAAAGCUCCCAUUACGACAACUACUACAACCACAUUAACCCCAGUACCAAUUUCAACAACUCCUAGCCCAAAUUAAAAUUCAAAUAAUCAAUUUUCGAGCAGUAAUGGCCUAAUUCAUCAAACUUCCAGCCAUUUUUGACAUUGAAAAUAAUAAAAUAACCAUCUCAUUAAAGCAUGAUUUUCCUGAUAACACUCUAUACCUAAAUAAAAAUAACCAUCUCAUUAAAGCAUGAUUUUCCUGAUAAGACUCUAUACAUAAAUAAAAAUACUAUUGUAGUUAAUGCUACUGUCAAUCAAGUCGGAGUUCAUAAAAUAUCAAUUGUUCUUCUUGAUGAUGGAAUUCCUCCUUAAGAAACCAGAUAUACUAUAAAGCUCACCAUAAAAUAAUUGCCUUUAGCUGACCCUAUUCCUCCACAAUCUAUGCAUGAUUUCUCGAAGUAACUUAAAGCAACAUUAGUUGGAUUAAAUCAGAUUGGAUAAGCUUAGAUUAAAGUUAAUCAAAAUUUGCAAUUUGAUUAUGCCUCAAGCACCUUCAAAGAUAUAGAAAUUAAAGCUCUUCUUAUUCAAGGAAAUUGA